AUGUCCACGGAGGCAGGCGGGCUUGCAACGACGUCCAUGGAGAAGAAGAAGAGAGGAAAGAAGAGGGGGAAGCUGGAGGAGCAACUUGAGAAGGAGGUGGAGGUGAAACAGACAAAUGAGAAUGGAAGGAAAGAAGUGGAGGAGGUGGCAGUUGAAGAGGUGAAGGCUGAAGAGGAGAAAAAUGAGGUGGAGAAACAGCUUUUGCUGAAGGAGGUCAGCAUUGAGUUAGUGAAGGAAGUGCGGAUUGACCUCGAGAGAGGAACAGGGGAGCUGAAAGAUGAGGAGACAUCUCUGAAGGAGGAGCAGGUGGAGGAACCUGUCCAAGCUGAUCCACUGGACCUGCUGUUGAACACAGUUCUGGCCAACAGUCUGAGCAAACUGGAGGAGAAGGAGGCAACAGCCAUCAGCACAUACUUUAAGAACAGUGGUGAUGCUCAACAUCAGGACUAUGAGCUGCUGCUCAUGAAGCUGAAGAGGAAAUGGGCCGGAAUAUUCUCAGAAACGAGUGCUGUGAAGAGGCCUCUGGUCCAUCCUCCGACCUCCAGCCUCCACAAUGAUACCCCAGUAGACCUGCAUCUCCAUCUGAACACCACAGUGGACUCCACCCUGAAAGAGGAGCUGAAACAGAUGGAUAUGAAGAGGAAGUGGAUGAAACGACUGAGGGAGAGGGAGGAGCUAAAGAACCUGACUGACAGUUCUGAUGAAAGGCCAGCAGAUGUCAGCCACACUGAGAAAAGUGACCUGCUGUUGCCCACAAAUCCCCCCAUCAAUUUGAGCAAACUGGAGGAGAAGGAGGCGUCAGCCAUCAGCUCCCACUUAAAGAACAGUGGCCAAGCUCAGUAUCAGGAUUAUGAGCUACUGCAGAUGAAAAUGAAGAAGAAAUGGGCCAGAAUAUUCUCAGAAACGAGAGCUGUGAAGAGGCCUCUGGUCCAUCCUCCGACCUCCAGCCUCCACAAUGAUACCCCAGUAGACCUGCAUCUCCAUCUAAACACCACAGUGGACUCCACCCUGAAAGAGGAGCUGAAACAGAUGGAUAUGAAGAGGAAGUGGAUGAAACGACUGAGGGAGAGGGAGGAGCUAAAGAACCUGACUGACAGUUCUGAUGAAAGGCCAGCAGAUGUCAGCCACACUGAGAAAAGUGCUUGCAAGAUCACUGCUGCAUGUAAGGCAUCUGAGCAGGCAAUUCAAGAGACCUUGUUAUGGAGUAAAGACCUGCUGUUGAACACAGUUCUGGCCAACAGUCUGAGCAAACUGGAGGAGAAGGAGGCAACAGCCAUCAGCACAUACUUUAAGAACAGUGGUGAUGCUCAACAUCAGGACUAUGAGCUGCUGCUCAUGAAGCUGAAGAGGAAAUGGACUAGAAUAUUUUCAGAAAUGAAUACUGUGAGUAGACCUCUGGUCCAUCCUCCGACCUCCAGCCUCCACAAUGAUGCCCCAGUAGACCUGCAUCUCCAUCUGAACACCACAGUGGACUCCACCCUGAAAGAGGAGCUGAAACAGAUGGAUAUGAAGAGGAAGUGGAUGAAACGACUGAGGGAGAGGGAGGAGCUAAAGAACCUGACUGACAGUUCUGAUGAAAGGCCAGCAGAUGUCAGCCACACUGAGAAAAGUGACCUGCUGUUGCCCACAAAUCCCCCCAUCAAUUUGAGCAAACUGGAGGAGAAGGAGGUGUCAGCCAUCAGCUCCGACGUAAAGAACAGUGGCCAAGCUCAGUAUCAGGAUUAUGAGCUACUGCAGAUGAAAAUGAAGAAGAAAUGGGCCAGAAUAUUCUCAGAAACGAGUGCUGUGAAGAGGCCUCUGGUCCAUCCUCCGACCUCCAGCCUCCACAAUGAUACCCCAGUAGACCUGCAUCUCCAUCUGAACACCACAGUGGACUCCACCCUGAAAGAGGAGCUGAAACAGAUGGAUAUGAAGAGGAAGUGGAUGAAACGACUGAGGGAGAGGGAGGAGCUAAAGAACCUGACUGACAGUUCUGAUGAAAGGCCAGCAGAUGUCAGCCACACUGAGCAAAGUGACCUGCUGUUGAACACAGUUCUGGCCAACAGUCUGAGCAAACUGGAGGAGAAAGAGGCAACAGCCAUCAGCACAUACUUUAAGAACAGUGGUGAUGCUCAACAUCAGGACUAUGAGCUGCUGCUCAUGAAGCUGAAGAGGAAAUGGACUAGAAUAUUUUCAGAAAUGAAUAGUAUGUGA